AUUUCAAACCUAACAUGGCAAUAUAGGUGGAGCUUGUUCCAAAAAAGGUGACGGAGGCGGAGCCUAUUCUCAAGCGUUAGCCCACCAUCAGCCUGCAUGUUUGUGAAUGGCGGCGUUACGCGAGAAGGCAGGAAUGCUGGCGGCUGUGUUUGCCCCUGUCUCCCGGUGAACCACGCUAAACAACCACGCCUCUACUGACUCACAACCUCCAACGCACAAGUACACGGCACAAGAUGGCGCCGUGGUGUGAGUUAAUCGCAUAGAGACGCAGCGUCAAAAAAGGUGCGAUGUUGAAGAAAAUGACCGCUAUCUGAGAGACGCCGUUUAGCCUUUGGAAAAUUUCCCGAACGUUUUUGCCAUCUGAGAAGUUUAAAAGAUGGUUCCCUAUCUACGCGGACUGCCUCACGUCUUUCUCAUCUUGUGGAUAUUCGGCUGGGCCGGUGGACAGAGCACUAUUUCCUCAGAUGCUGGUGUGAGCUCAACCUUGGUGGCUGGCCCAUCAAGCUCCACUCCCGUGGCUGAUUCAACCCUGCAGCCCUCGCCAAGUAGUCUAGGUGGCGCUUCUCUUAGUUUUAGUGUGACACCAGUUGUACAGUCUUCUUCAACAGUUCAGACUGCUUCAGACAGCCAAACUGCCUCAGCAUCAUCUAGCAGUGCUUUACUUACAAGUUUUCCUAGGAGUGCUUUGUCGCCUACUAGUACCAUUGCACCAACUAAAAGCAAUGUAGACUUGUCUGCCCUUUUGUCAAGCAGUUUAGACCAUGCUAGUACCAAGAUGACAACAACAGUAUCCAGUAUGUCGGGCACAACACAGAUGCUGGACCCGUCUCCAACUAUUACAGUUUUAAAAAUAUCAACAGUAACCGCUACACCAUCUUUGUCAUCAGAUCUGAAACAAACAACAAGUAUGUUGUUGCCAAGUUUGACUUUGAGUAGCAGUAUUUCGUCAUCCAGAACUCUAACCAUUGUGCCAUCCUCUCCGUCAGAACUGUCCACACAAUCGCCACCGACAUCAGCCCUGAGCAUGAACGCUACCGUGAGCCCGCAGGAUACGGUAAGCCCGAGUGUGGCGUUGGUUUCCACUGUUUCUCAAAGUGUGAGUUUUACUGCAGUGCCGUCCAGCCAUGUUGAGUUGAGCUCUAGUUUGGAGCCAACAAAGACUUCUGCAACUUUAAGCAGUGUGUUGAGCUUUUCAUCAUCAGUUGCGUUGUCAGCUGCUAACACAAGUUCAAGUGUGCCGUCUGUGUUUGAGAGUGUUCAACCAUCAAGCAGUUUUGUGUCUGACUCUGUAAGCACACCUACAGCAACAGCAGUAACAAUGCCAGACAGUACUAGUGCUGCCUAUUCAAGCUCAAAAAGUUUUGCAGUGGCUUCUUCUAGUUACACACCAGUGCAGUCUGCACAGAUAACACCAACUCCUAAUUCUGUUAUGAACUCUUUGUCCACUUCGUCACUGAAUGAAGCAACAGUGCAGACAACUACAGGUCCAUCAUCUUCAGUAACUGACUCUAACAUUACCAGUUUCUUGCCAAGUGCAACAUCAGUACAGUCGACAAAAAGCUUGCUGGAUUCUUCGAUUUCCGCCAGUGUUUCCCCCACUUUGGAACCAAGCAGUAUGGCAGUACAGUCUACUAAGAUGCUAUCCCUCUCAACAUCUUCGCCAUUUGAGAUAAUGCCAAGUCCAACAAUAUCAGGCUCGCAUGAUGUUGUUAUGCCCACUACAAUCCUAACAAGUCCGUCCACAAGCACAGCAGCAAGUUCAGCAGAAGUGGCCACUCCAGUUUCAAUGAGUGCAGUUUCAGCUGCAUCCAUUUCAAGCUCGUACAACCUAACCAGCACACCUGCAGCAGAAGUACUGAAUAUCUCCUCAACACCCACAAGCUCGUUUGCAGCAAUCUCGACAUCAGCAUUGACAUCCAGUGGAACCACUGUGGCACCAUCCUCAGAUAUCACAAGCCCAGCAGAAUCAGCCCAACUUUUAACUCUUACAAGCCUGCCCUUCAACACAACAGAAAUACCUGAUGUUGAGAUGACACCAUCAAUUGCUGUGACCUCGUCUCCUGGGAUAACUGCAACUGUUACAACUUCAGUUCCAGCAACAAAUCUAUCAGCAUCCGUUACACCUGUUCCAAGCCCAUCAUACAGUCCAAGCAGUGAAGCAAUGUCAAAAAUGUUUUCCUUGACCUCAUUUUCUACGAGUGAAUUAUCCCCAAGUGAAACAAGUGUAGUGAAUCCAUCAUACAUCAGCUUUACGGAAAGUUUUAUGUUGAGCCUCUCAGAGCUGUCCAUGCUAGAGACCGAGAGCUUGUAUCAAACUCCAGCCCCGUCCCCUGCUGUUACCACAGUGUUUGAGCCCGUGUCCUUGCAAACAUUGGACAUCAGCACGUCAUAUGCAUUUUCUGACUCAAGUCUGGCUCCUGACAUGACAUCCCAGGUCAUCAGUUCACCAUCAGUAACCCUGGAACCAAGUGGAUCUUCAACAACCUCUGUACCUGUUCAGUUCUCACCAACUCUCCAGUCCAGCAGCUUAAGUUCUAUUUCCAUGAGUAGUGAUGACUUUGAGGGGUCAGGGUCUGAUCUCCCCUUUCUCUCACAAACACUCCCAAUGUUGACCCAAACAGCAUCAGCAACAUCAUUACAACUGAGCCCGUCAUACAGUGUUGACUCUUUCAGUUCAACUGGACCAUCUUCAAUUAUUUCGGCAUCUUUCCUGCAGCCAUCGUACAGUCCCGAUCAGGCAACAACUUCCCUCACCCCUACAACUGCAGACACCCUGGGAUCAUCAGUCUCCCCUGCCACUGCAACCCAAGGUGUUGCCAUGACAAUGUCCUUGCAGCCUAGCCCUAGUCAAUCGUACAUCGUUGAUUCAUUCAGCCCUUCUGGAUCAUCACAGCCACUCAGUUUGACACCAUCAUAUACUCCUGAUCUUGCUUCAUUUUCAUUGCCAUUGCUAUCGACAAUGUCCCUACCAGUUCAGGAGUCGUCAUCAAUAUUUGAUGGGUCAGGAGAUGGACCAGUAACAGACUUGAUCUUCAGCUCAUCACCUAGUGUACUGAUGUCAAGCCAGACACCUUCCCCUUCCAUCAGCUUGGACUUUGUCACCUCAUCUACACCGCUGGGUACAACUAUUCAGCCCACAGCAAGUGUAUCAGCACCAACAACUGUCCAGCCUUCAGUUAGUCUGUCAGUGCAAAGUGAUUCAUCAGUCAUGACCAGCUUCACACUGGAUGCUCUAUCCAUGUUUUCCUCCAUUGAACCAACACAAACACCAGAAGGGUCAGGUGACAUGGACACAUCACAAUUCCUCCAGCUGGAAUCAACGCCCAGCAUUUCCCUCAGUUCCAUACCAGUGACAGUUUCCAGCAUUUUCCCAAUGCCAAGCUUCAGCAUGGAUUUCCCUACUUCUACAAACUUUUUUGAAUCAACACAGUUUGAGGGUUCUGGGAUGUCUAUUUCUGAAGCUUUCUCAGAAACCAUGUCAUUUACAGUUGCUACAAGUUUUGAGUCCAUGACUUCAACACCAACGAUACCACCAGUGAUGAGUUCUUCAUCUCAAGUUGGAACUCCCACAUCGGUACCAUCUCCUUCACUACAAGAGACAGUCACACCAUCUUCAUCUGUGGAAGAAUUUUCCUUACCUCCCUUCACAGCAAUGUCCAGUAUGUUCCUAGAGUCCACAUCCCUUGUACUUCUACCUUCACCAAGUUUGACAGUAGACCUGCUACCCUCCAUGAGUACUAAAGCAGUCAGCAGCUCAGUAGAGUCUGUUCUCGUCAGCUCCACUGCUGGGGUGAUGUCAUCUGUCUCUAGUUCAGUGUCACAGCAAAGCAUGAUGGGAGUCUCGUCCAGUUCAGUCCAACCAACGUCGUCAAUCACAGCAUCCCAAUCGGUGACCCCUACACCAAUUCUACCGACUACUUCACUGGUCUCAGCUUCACCCUUGGAGUCAUCAGGAAGUGCUGUCACCAGUUCUGCUGUACCAACAGCGUCACUGUCCUCAUCAUUGCUGUCGUCCACUGCAGUCUUGCCGUCAUUUCCGCAGAUCCCAAGUCUGCUACCAUCCACAGCUCUUGUGAUCUCUUCAGCAGGAGUGGUCAGCUCAGUAGCAAUCGUGCCAUCUUUGACACUGAUCCCAAGUAUGGUAGCACCAUCAUCCACAGCAGUGGUGGUCAGCUCAUCAGCAGUAGUGGUGGUCAGCUCAUCAGCAGUUGUUACAACACAAGUCCCAACCACUCAGGCACCAACAACACAGGCACCAACAACACAAGAACCAACAACACAACCUCCAACAACACAGGCACCAACAACACAACCUCCAACAACACAGGCUGCAACAACGCCAUCUCCAACAACCAGAGGCCCUGCAGCUACAACAUUCAACUAUGUCACAGCUAAUCUAUCUGUGGAACUGGUGUCAAACUGGGUCAUUACAGUCCUCGUUAUCCCAGACGCCAUUAUCAUCACAUCGGAGCAGUUCUACUUCACCAUGGAGAUUAAUCUGGCACGGGCCUUUGCUAGGGCAAGGCAGCGAAAGGCUGGGAUGGAUGUAGCACAGAACCCUAUCCUCAGGAGAAAACGAGCAGCAACAUUUGAAAAUGUCACUUGUCAGGUGAUAAAUGCCACACGAGACAACUCCACAGGCAGAAAUGACCGUGUUUGGCUGACAUACUAUGUGAUGUACGACGGUAAGGCAGUCCCUGCGUCUCAGGCCGUGGCAGACUUGGCACUGCUAGAUGAGCAGGAGCUGGCCCUGCAGCUGGGGUAUUUCGUCGCUCAAACUGAAGAAUAUGAGCCCGUUGCUGCCCCAUCUGAACCCCCGUACUGGAUCAUAGCGGCUGUGCUGGGGCCCUUGUUCAUCAUCAUCAUCAUCGUCAUCUGGCUGGUGUGCUGCUGUAAACGCACCAAGCGUACGGAGAUGGCGCCGGACACAGUCGGGGAGCUGCAAAAGAAGGGGACACCACGGGGUGUUGCCCCAGCUGAGAUGCAGAAGAAGGUGAUGACAGACACCCUCAUCCCUCCCGGCUCCUAUGUGGUGAAGGUACCAGAAGAGUCGCGUGAUGCCCCGCCCCUCCCCGCACGCCGCGGACGGCCCGCUCCUCAGCCCAGACGGUCUGCUAAGACUAAAGACAGACGACAGAAGUCCUCCAAGCGUAGAUCAAAAAGAAGAUCAACAGAAGAAUCCGAGGACAGUUCCUUCACAAGUGUGACAGAACAGAGCAGCAAGCCCAGGUCCAAGAGAGCUCCAGAGUCCAUGUUGGAAUCUGACACUGGGGAUGACUUCCCGUCAGACGCAGGCUCCAAGGCAGGGUUGUUUGAGCACGUGGCCAAACUCUCGGCCGUGAUUGAGCCGACGCCCCAGAAGCCGGCGUCGCGUGCCUUCCACUCCUCUGUCCACCCCAUCAAGUUCCCGCCUCUUCGCACGCCCCUCGUCACCGACAGGCUCAGGGAGUCCAUCAAGGAAAACCAACAGCUGUCCCAGUCCAUGCGACAGAAGGCAGACAUCGAACACUGGCGCAACAAACAGCUGCAGAGGGAACGGUCCCUGCGCAGGAAGCCGACCUCGCCGAGGGGAGGGUACGAACACACAGCAGUGGGGGAUACCAAGGACCAGCGCCGUGCUUACAGGAGGGCUCAGCAGCAGAUAGACUCAGUCCUGGAACCAAGCAGCCACAUACCUGCAGUACUGGAGCCACCCAGAAGGAGGAGGAUGAAGCGGCCCCACAAGAGGCAUGGCAGCCAUGACAUCCAGGGGGUGACCUCGCCACAUGACCCUGAGCUGGCCAUGCAGUUUGGGCAGCAGCCACAAGGGGUCUACAGGCCCAUGAACGGUGUCCCACCACUGGGGCCGCAGCCACUAAUGCCUGGUGAUUCAGAAGGGCGGUCAGUGGAGGACGAGUCCUACACUGAGAGUGACCCUGAGACCAUGCCGAUCAGUCAGGCACGUGAGCGGAUCCACCAGCUCCUGGACGAGGCCUUCUCGCUCAUCUCGCCCAGCGUUCCGCCUCGCAACACUGUGGCCCCCGCUCCCAACGUCACGACGGUGCAGCCUGUCCAGAGCACGCCACAGUACACACAGCCUGCUGGGAACGGGCAGGUUCCCAAUGGGAUGGGCGGAGUUCCCCCUGCUUACAUGACACCUCAGGCAGCCUACCCCCAGGACCUGCGCACCCCCCAGGGCCCUGUGCCGCCCCCCGCUCAUGGCCGAGCCUCCACCGCCGGCCCGCGGGCGCGCAGGAGAUUCAACGGGCAGUCAGCCUCCAGCUCUGACAGGGAGCCAGCGGGUGAGCAGCCCCUGUUCACCAGACAGCCCACUGUGGUGUUUAGUCCUGACCAGUACCAGCAGGCAGCAGCAGGGAGGGCGCCGGCACCCGACCCACGGGCACGAACCUCCCAGGCUGCCCCUGCCAGUGUAAACAUGGGCACCCCGCAGCAGCCCCUGUUUGUGACCCCCGUGCAGCAGAAGCCGGAUGGGUCAGGUGGUGUCCUGUGGAGUCUGUACAACGCUGAGGACGAGGUGGCCAAAAUGUCACAAUCCAGAGAACCGACACCCCUCUCCCCAGAUGAUAUUGGUCCAUUAGAGUUCAGGUUACGCAAUACGGCAAGUCUCCCUGGCGGCCUGGAUGCCUCCCCCCUCCUCUCCCGUCUCCAGUCCACCCCCAUGACCCGUACAUCCUCCCUCCCCAGUGUCACCCCUCCCCACCUCACCCCCUCCCAGACAACCACCUUCCCUGCACUCUCUCCAAUUGGCCAAUCAGGAUAUGGCAGUCCCUUCAUCGGCCAACCAGGAACCAGCCCUGGCAGCCAUCCAGGCAUGAGAACUCCUGGCCAAUCAGCAUUCACUCCGGUGAGAAGUUCACCAGGGUCUGACCAAUCAGGUGCAGGGUCCAACCCUCCCAGCCAAUUAGAUGACAGCAGGUUGAGACCGGGACAGGAUCCUGAUGCAGAUGAGGUUGACAUCAUGAGUGGCCUCCGUACAGGGGAUUCUGCACAACCACUCAUACAGGCCAUCAAGGAUGAACUAAAAAGACUUUCUGGGAAAACACCUGUAACAACUUUGUAACUCACAAGUUACAUUCAUAAAGAAGUGUUUAGUGCUGGCCACAAUGAUGAAAAGUUUUGUAGAAUUAAAAUUCAUGAAGUAUGUAAUGAUAACUAUAAUCUUGUAUUUUGUACAGAUUUAAAGGACGUAAAAUAUUUCAUUUUUCAGAUUGUAUUAUGUCACCACUGUUUGUGGUCUGUUUGAGAAAGUUUAAACAGUCUGUAACUUUUUGUGCUCAUCAUAUGAUAGCUCUGAGGUAGACAGAAUGACAGUGAGUAAAGGAUGUCAUUGAAUCUUUAUGUACUAUUAAGAAUUACAUCUUACAGGUAACUUGUAUGGUUUGAAUUAUAGACCAGUACUGUCAGCUUGUAACAUGAUUCUUUGCAUCCCUGUGAGUUUAUUUUAAUUAAACGUAUUUGUAAAUUAUCAUAGAAACCAUGCAUAAUUAUAUGUAUACCUCCAGAUUAUAUGACAAAAGAAUUAUUUUAAAACCUUGUGUUAAGGAGUAAUUUUGAAGUGGAUUCAGUGAAGAAAAAGACAAACUAUCAGUGUUGCCACACACUAUACUACUUUUAUGGUAUAUUAGAUACACGUCUGCACGUAAAGUUAACCAUUUUAACCUGAUACAGUUUGUAUUUGAAUGUAAAAUCUGACAUUGACAGUAUUGGAAUGCUUACAGUUGUAGUAGGAUGUCAUGCACUCAAGUGUUUUUUAAAGUGCCUGUUUGACAACUGUGAGACACCCUCAUAAUACUUAGUACCAGAAAUGUCAUAUGGCUGAUGGAAUUACAUAUGUAUGUUCAGUUGCGCCUGUUGUCAAACUCUCAUAUAUUUAUGGUAUCUAUUAUAUUAGACAAGACUUCUCCUCUCUAGUGCCUCUGAUUAGCACUAUGUGGUACUUAAUGUAGCGUUAUAUGCUACCAGUGGACCAAGUGAUGUGUGUUGUAUGAGUAUGUGUAUGCUUGCUAUCUGUAGAAUGCCUUGCUUGCUGCUUUUACAAGUGAGAUAGUGAUAUAUCCAUAUUGUUCCAUCAGGAAUAUUUUCUGGUUCAAGUUCCAAGAUUUAAAAGAUUAGUUUGAUGUACAUGACUUUAAAAAAUGUAGUGAUAGUAUGUCAGUUUGCUGUAAAAAUGUCAAUGCUGUUAAUGAAAGAAUCUGUCAGAAGAGUUGUUGAUAAUCAGUUUUUGAAAGAUGGAAAUAUUUUUGUAAACUUUGUGGCAUUGUACUUCCCAUAUAUGACAUGUAAAUGAGCUUGUCAGGCGAUUAAAUCGUGCUAUUCAUUAA